AUGGAUCCUGCUGCUCCAACUGCUGCUGCCCCUGUCCCAGCCCUGGCCCUAGCCCUGGCUCCGGCCUUAGCGCAGGCCCCCCUGGCCCUCCCUGGCCUGUUAAACCCAUCGCUCCUUCUCUCCUCUGGACAAGAAGUAGAUGGAAGCCGAAGAGGAGCUUGUCUUUGGAGGCCCUGGCUGUCCUCUACAUGUGACCCUCCAAGGCAGGUGAGGAAACUUGCAGAUUUGGCCGCUGGUGGAGCAAUAGGUGCUGAGGUCACCAAGGCUGACUCCGAGUUUCAUCACCCCAUCAGGCUCUUCUGGCCUAAAUCCCGCUCCUUUGACUACCUGUACAGUGAUGGGGAGAUUUUACUGCAGAACUUUCCUGUCCAGGCAACCAUCAAUCUGUAUGAGGACUCACACAGUGAAGAGGAGGAAGAGGAAGAGGAGGAGGACAAAGAAGAGGAGGCAGAUGAAAAGGGGCCAGAAGAGUGUGUGAGGGUACCAGGAUCAGCACCACACAGGGCCACAGCUCAUCAUCCUUCUCUACCCCUGACCUGUCCAAACUGAGCCCUUCAGAGUCUGAUUGGGGUUCAGUAUGCCUGGCAAGGCUCCAGGGCAUCGAUUAGCCACGAAUCUCUAGGCACAGCUCUCUGGAUUGAAAGUUGGGUCCUUGAGUCACCAGCUCACCCUGGCUGUACCCAACUGGCCUGUGAGCCCAAGCCUCUGGCAUCUCAUUGUUUGGGCUGCUGUUGUGUUGACAGUGGGAGGGUCCUAGAAGUUCUAGGGGAAGGAAGACCUGCUUUCUGAAACCCCCAGGAAGCAGAUCAGGACAGAGCAUGCCUAUGUAGAGGGAAACUGUCAUUCUUCAGGGCUCUUUGACUCCCCAGGCUUCCAGGUGGUCACAUAGUCCUGUCUCCCCAUAGAAACCCAGAUUUCUGGCUCCACCUCUAGGGUUACCGACACCAGAUCCAAGCAAAGGUGGGAUGCCUUUCUGAUGGGCCUUUCAGGAAGAGAAGGGGGCAUGG